GCGAGACCAACCAGCUAGCUAGCUAGCUAGCUCAGCUCGCUAAUGUAAGCUAACGUGGCUAACGAGGGAUAGCCUAUGCUAGCAGUUAAAUACUUGUAAAAACGAUCUGAACAUAAGGCGGCGGUGCUGCUGUGCCCGCUGCGGUCGAAGUGGUUGCCCAGAUUAGCCCGGUACUUAUCAAACCAGACCCUGUGAAAGGGCGACUUCAGGCUAGCUCGUUGAGGAGCUGCACCUAGCGCGCCCAGGUGUCUGGGCUGGCCACAACUGCACUCUUGCUCAUCAUCUACACUGUUUGGUCGUAAAUGUGACAGAUCACUUCAACACAUCCAGCCUUACUAUGGGUCAGGACAGGGGGAAGUAUGACUUUUACAUCGGUCUGGGAUUGGCCAUCAGCUCCAGCAUCUUCAUCGGAGGCAGUUUUAUCCUCAAGAAGAAAGGACUUCUGAGGCUGGCGAGGAAGGGGUCUAUGCGGGCAGGCCAGGGUGGUCAUGCAUAUCUAAAGGAGUGGCUAUGGUGGGCUGGUUUAUUAUCAAUGGGGGCCGGUGAAGCAGCCAAUUUCGCAGCAUAUGCCUUCGCUCCUGCGACUCUGGUCACCCCACUGGGAGCCCUCAGUGUGCUUGUGAGCGCGGUGCUGUCGUCGUACUUCCUGACGGAGCGGCUGAACCUGCAUGGGAAGCUCGGCUGCAUGCUCAGCAUCCUGGGCUCCACCACAAUGGUGAUUCACGCACCGCAAGAGGAAGAGAUCAGCAGCCUCGACCACAUGGCCAGGAAGCUGGUCGACCCAGGGUUUUUCAUCUUUGCCACUCUCGUCAUCAUCGUGGCCAUCAUCUUCAUAUUUGUUGUGGGUCCCCGUCACGGUCAGACCAACAUCCUCGUGUACAUCACCAUCUGCUCAGUAAUCGGGGCGCUGUCGGUGUCCUGUGUCAAAGGACUUGGCAUCGCCAUAAAGGAAGCGAUCUCUGGGAAGAAUGUUGUGAGGAACCCGCUGGCAUGGUUCCUGCUUCUGGGUCUGGUGGCCUGUGUGAGCACACAGAUCAACUACUUGAACAAAGCUCUGGACAUAUUCAACACCUCCCUGGUGACUCCCAUCUAUUACGUGUUCUUCACCACGUCUGUGCUCACCUGCUCCGCCAUCCUCUUCAAGGAGUGGGAGCACAUGGGCACCGACGACGUGAUCGGCACCCUCAGUGGCUUCCUCACAAUCAUCGUGGGCAUCUUCCUGCUCCACGCCUUCAAAGACAUCAGCGUGAGCUUGGCUACUCUCGCCGUGUCCAUGAGGAAGGAAGAACGGGCGUUCCCUGCAGCCAAUGGCAUGACUUCCCACAGCACGUACGAACUGCUGCAUAACGAGUCCACUGGGGACGUGGAGGACAGAGAAAUGGGUUUGCCUUUCGACAGCAUCUCCAGAAGGAACGGGGCAAUGACUUCCUCAUUGGAUCAUUAAGGAACUUUUUUUCUUUUUUUUCCCCAGCCCCCGACUGACUGACCAAUCGUGGCAUUGUUGUGUAAGAACAAGACAAUCAGCUGUAUGGGGAGAAGUGACUUGGACAGACCAGUGGAUUGUAUUUAAUGCUUUAAUUUGCCUUACUUUUACUCAGAAUAUGACCUGCUCAUAUUCAGUUACAGUUAAAACUUAAUUUCAUUCCUCUGUAGCGCUGUAAAUAUGAGUUUUUUUAAAAGAAAUGUUUUGUUAUAUGUACAUGCAUAUUCAUGUAAUGAAUUACUUUCUAUAAAUCAGGAGGUUUUAAUAUAUCUUCUAUAUGAGGUCCUGCUGACGAUGACUGCAGUUAAGAGGACGUUCACUAUGAUUUGAGUUUUCGUGAUACUUGAAGGUAACAACAGUUUUUGUUGGGAGUCAUUCUGAACUUUUUUUUUGUAGUGUUUACAUGAAAAGCUCUCGAGACGAACCAACAGAUUUGUUACAUAUUUAUUGAAUUAAAAUGAUUAAAACAUUUGAAACACAA